AUGAAAGAUUUACUUUAUAUGUAUGAAAAAGAUAAUCCUAUUAUUGAAGAUGAAACAUAUGAAAAUAAUAUUAAUUUAAAUAGUUAUUUUAAAAAUCAAUAUAAAGUUAAAUUAUUAAUUAAAUUAGUAUUACUUAUUUCAAUUAUUGUUUCUAUUAUGUUUGGAAUAAUUCGAGUAAUUACUCUUAGAAGAUCAUAUACAUGUAAUAGUCGUUAUUCAACAUUUUUUAUUGAAACAAUACCACCACCAAAUAUUGAAAUAACUAAUACUACACAAUUUUAUACCUUUAUUGAUCCAACAUUUAAAUUAGAAUUUAAUGGAACAUUUAUAGAAAAAGAUAAUUCCAGGUUUUUUGGAGGAAAAAUAAUAUAUCCUGAAGUUACUCUUAAUGAUUCAAGAUUUAGUUUAAAAGCACAAUUUGAUCAUUGUGAUUAUCAAGUUUUUUAUAAACAUUAUAUUCUUUGUCAUACUCUUCGUUUAAGAUUUUCUUUAAAUUCUGUAAAUAUAAGUACUAUUAAACCUUAUCCUAUUACUAUUUCAAUAAAAGACCCUGACCCAUCAUAUUCAAUGUAUUUUACUGAUUCAUUUGAUUGUGGUUGUAAAAGUAAUUUUACAAUGGUUUUAAUUCCAUUAAAUAAUCAAACAACAUUUUAUGCAAAAACAAAACCAACAGUUAUUUGUGAUAAUUCAAGUAAUAUUAAUGAACAACAAAAAUUUAUAAAUUUAACACUUCAAACAUUUGAAACAGAAAAUAAUUUUUAUCCUUUUAUUCAACAAAAUCUUACAAUUCUUAAUCAAACAAAAAUAUUUAAUCCUAUUAUUAUUGAAACAGAAAUAGAUAAUAAUAAUCUUACUCAUAUUUCAUCUAAAGAACUUAAUGUAACUUCAACUCAAUUAUUUGGUGAUACUCAAAUAUUUGAAAUUAUUGUUGGACAAAAUGGAACUAUUGGAUAUAUUACAUUUUAUAAUAAAGUUACUUAUCAAUGUUAUCUUGAAAGAAAUAAAGUCUUUCAUUUUAUUGCAAUUCCUUUUGUAUUUGAUAAAAUUAAAAAUAAGAUACCAAGUGCUUUUGUAGCAUCUGGUAUUUAUAAUAAUCAUUUUGAUAAUAUAAAUAUUUCUAUUCUUAAAUCAAAUUUAUAUAAAACAACUUUUAGUAUUCAUGGUUCUUUUAUUUUUUAUCACGAAUUAUUACCACAAAUAUUUAUUAACGAUAAAAAUACUUCUAUUGUUAAUAUUAUUGAACCUUCAAUUCUUAAUUUUAACCAAUUUCUUAAUUACGAAACUGGGUUGGUUGGAAGUAAAGAAUUUAUUGUUGAAAUUAGAGGAUAUUGUGAUUUAAAUGAAAUUAAAAAAAUUACUAUUAUUAUUCCUGAAUGUUCUAAUUGUCAAUUAAUAAAAUAUUUUUAA